GUACUUUUAAAUUACAGAUAGAAUUUACAGAAGAAUAUCCUAAUAAACCACCUACAGUUAGGUUUAUUUCUAAAAUGUUUCAUCCAAAUGUUUAUGCAGAUGGUAGCAUAUGUUUGGAUAUUCUCCAAAACCGUUGGAGCCCCACUUAUGAUGUUUCAGCAAUAUUAACAUCAAUACAGUCUUUACUGGAUGAACCUAAUCCUAACAGCCCAGCGAAUAGCCAAGCAGCUCAGCUUUACCAAGAAAACAGAAGGGAAUAUGAAAAAAGAGUAUCCGCUAUAGUUGAACAAAGCUGGAUGGAUGCCAACUUAUGAUACCAGCUCUUGUCAACAAAGAGUAAUUUUUGGACAGCAAGAUAACAGAAUUUACUGACUGCUCACCUGUGGGUCUGCUAGAGAUUGUGGAAAUACCUUUACUUACUUCUCCUCAUGCUGGUUUUAUUGGUGACAGUCUGGGGAAAAAAAUGUCAAGACCUUGUUUUGUUCACCUUAACACAGACUGGAAGCGUAAUAUUGUUGGUGCCUUUGUUUGAAAUAACUUCCACUGUGGAAAAAGUGACUCAAUCUAUAUGUGGUGUGUACACAAAGCCAUACAAGUGUAAUUUAACAGUUGCUUUUUAGUUUCAGAAUAAAAGCGAAGAUAAAUAUAUUAUUUCUAACUCAUGGGUCUUCUCCAUGUCAUUUCUGAUAUUAACACCACAUGACCAGGUUAGUUUUACAUGUCAGUAUAAAUACCAGUGGAACUGCCACAACUUGCUUACCAACUUCAUUUAUUUUUGAUUUAAAUAUUAAAUGUACAGAUAUGCAAAAUAUCCACUACAGCUGUUUAUUGUAAAGUGGUUUAUUUUGUACUGGUAUUCACUUAGCAUUUACCUUCCCUGGCUUGUUUUUCCCUGCAUGGACAUACAGCUUUGACAGAGCUAAGAGGAAAAAUGGAUUGAUAAACUGUAUAUGGUCGAUUGGGUGUUUUUCCUCAUGACAGUUGGAGUGCACCUUUGUAAUAAACCCGCCCAGAUUUCAUUAGCUUCCUCUUUACUUUCAUCAAAGCAACCUAUAACAGCAUUGUAAGUUACCAGAAUUGAUGUGUGUAUUAUUGUGCACCUAUAGAAAACUGAAAUGACCUUAGUUGAUGUUGAAUUAAUUUUACACUCCAUCUGUAUUACGGUAUGUCUGGCUUCGUGAGCUGCAUUUGGGACAACCUGAACAAAUAUUUGAGAGACCACAAGGUUGUAUCUUGGUUCACACGUUCUAUAUCUAUUCUUAUACUAACAGCAUAGAUAGAUAAAAAUGUAUUUCUCUGUAAGCUCAAACUGAAAAAAGACUACUGUCUUAGGUACUGUGUUUAUAUUGUUCUGUGUGUGUGUAUCCAUUUGAUAUCACAAUGGGAGGUUUGCCUCAAUAUUGUAUUUACUCUAUUAGAACUGCACAUAAACUAAACAUUGCAUUUAUUGUAUGCUAGAUCAUUUUGACCAUAGACAUACUUCUGACAUUUACGUGAGUGUGUGCUACUAAUUGAACAAAUACGAUACAUGGAUUCGAACCUGUCGUCAAAUGCUGUUCAUGCCCCUUAAACAAUUAGUGGUCAGGCUUUGGACUGUCUCAGUGUUGGCCAUUCAGCAUGUCAAUGGGUUUUUCAAUAGCAUGAUUAACUUAAUACUUGUGCAUAAUUUUAAAAUGGUCAUUGCUCAAAAAAAUAAUUUUGAAUUUUACAGCCAUGCUUGAAGUCUGAAUUGGUCACUAGUGAACUAUGCUAGAAACUACGGCGUUUCAGUCAACUGUAGCGACAUUUCCCCAUGCAAAUUCAGUAUUCUGUUGUACUGCUCACUGCCCAUACAUACAGCAUAGAAAGGGAAAAAAGAGUUAAAGUUACAUGUACAUGUUAAUUUAUUCAAUGGAAAAAGUGCUAUUUAUGGAGUAUUGUUCAUAAUGGCUUGCUGUGAGACUGGCAAUCACCUGUGUUUGCUGAAUUGUUUUUUUUUUUUUCAUCCUGUAUAUAAAUUUCAUUCUGCUCUGAUAACCUUUUAGUCUUGUAUCAUGUAGGGAAAAAUUACAAUAAAAUAACAUUUCUU